CAGAGAGGCACACCCGGAAGCGAGCGGCGGUGAUCGAGGAGCAAGCGAGGAGCGGAAAUGGGCGGCCAGGUGUCGUCAGUGGAGAGCGUGCACGUGGUGGUGGUGGGGGGGGGCUUCGGGGGCGUGGCGGCGGCUCAUCAGCUGACGUCUCGGGACGUGAACUUCACUCUGAUCGACACGAGAGACGCGUUUCAUCACAACGUGGCGGCGCUGCGAGCGGCGGUGCAGCCCGGCUUCGCUCAGAGAACCUUCAUCCCCUUCAAGGACACGUUCGGAGACAGCUUCGUCCAAGGUCGAGUGGAACGAGUGGACGUGGACAGACAGACGGUCGUCCUGCGGGGGGGCCGGGAGGUCGGGUUCUCUCACCUCAUCCUGUGCACCGGCACCGACGGGCCGUUUCCUGGAAGCUUCACCUCGGAGGCGUCGAGUCAGAGCGGCGUCCGGGCCUACGAGGACUUCACUCAGCAGGUCCAGGCUGCAGACUCUGUGUUGGUGGUGGGGGGGGGGUCCACCGGUGUGGAGAUGGCUGCUGAGAUCAAGACGGAGCAUCCAGAGAAGAAGGUGGUUCUGAUUCACUCCAGGAUCGCUCUGGCCGACCCGGAGCUGCUGCCCAGUGUCCGACAUCAGGCCAAAGAAGUUCUGCUGCAGAAAGGAGUGGAGCUGGUGCUGGGUGAGAAAGUGGACAACCUGUCACGGCUGCAGCUCAACGUCACCAACAAGAACAUGGAGGUGACCACGGAGCGGGGGGGGACUCUGUCCACGGACCUGAUCGUCUGCUGCACGGGUCAGAAGGUCAACUCUGCAGCGUACCACUCCAGCUUCUCCGCCAGCAUGGCCCCCAGCGGCGCUCUGAAGGUCAACCAGCACCUGCAGGUCCAGGGCUUCACCAACGUCUACGCCCUGGGCGACUGCACGGACGUCCAAGAGCCCAAGAUGGCGUACCACGCCGCGCUGCACGCCGCCGUGGCUGUGAAGAACAUCGUGAACAGUGUGAGGGGGGAGGAGCUGACGUCCUAUCACACAGGCAGCGUCACCAUGUUGCUGGCGAUGGGCCGGGACGAUGGCGUCGGCCAGUUCAACGGCUGGAAGUUACCACGAUGUGCCGUUGUUCUGGGGAAGAGUCGAGAUCUGCUGCUGUGGAAGAGCUGGAGGGAGAUGAAGCAACAACAGCCCUGAGAGAGAGAGAGAGAGAGAGAGAGAGAGAGACGUUUGUACUUCAUGUUGUGCAUACUGCAUUAAACAUGAUAUGAUAAAAUGGUCUUUCAGUAUUCAGUAAAUGUGGUUAUCGGUUCUGGAGGAUCUGGUUUGUCUCAGGAACAAAGAACCUGUGCUCCAGGCUUUGACUCCACAUGUGGGCGGAGCUGUAGUCCACCAGGUCCCAACAUUCAUAAUGCAUUCCCUAGCCCCCCCCCCACAUCCAAACUAAUUACCUAACCCUUAACCUAAACCUGGUUCUAACCCCCAAACCGUCCAUUAAAAGGGGGGGGUGACAAAGUGAGGACCGGCCAAAAGGUCCUCACAAAGAUAGCUGUACACGCCAGCACACACACACACACACACUUAUAUAGUUUAUACAAACUCAGCUGUUAAAUGUAUAUAAUGUGUGUUAAACUUAAUGAAAGUUAUUGUAAUACAAAUUU